AUGUCUGGCGACACGAUCCCCAACACAGAGCUGCAACUCAGAGAAAAUAUCCAUGUCUUGCAGGGAUUACAGCCUGAAAUGCAAGACUUGAAGAACACAGUUGCAGAGUACAUCGAAAACGUCCAAAAUGCGAUUUUAAAGCGCAGAGCAGAUUACCAAAGAACUCUAUCACAUUUGAAAUCCACCGAGACUAAACUGAAAUCUGAAAUCAAAAUGAACAAGAGUUUACGAGAUCAACUAAUCCAAGACUUAUCGAACGAAAUGAGAAGAAGAGAUGAAUUGUCAGUCAAGUACGAAGAAAUGAGGGUUCAGCAAGAAAAUCUAGAACUGCAAGAGUUGCAGUACUCGAAACAAUUGGCUGAUGUUGAAAACAAAAUAGCAGUCAAGCUGCGAGAGGUUAAUGAACAAAGGAAUAAAGCGAAAAAUCAAACUACAUUGGUCAAUGAUAAGCUGUUCCAAUUUGAGCAACUGCUUGGACUUUCGAUAGAGAACUGUCUAACAGAAAAUACAAACAGUGGGGAUGAAGGUGAGGACGCAAAUACUGAGACGGAACAGAUUAAGUUCACAUUCAGAAAUGUUGAUCCUAAUGACUUCUCCAGGGAAGUUUUUUUUGUUUUCGAUCCUCUGAAGGCUGAAAUUGUCUUCUCCAACCCUGAACUUCAACCAGAAGUUUUGAAGAAGGGCACGCAGAUAUUCACAGAAACUAAAGAAAUAGGAUUCAUGUGGAAGUUUAUGAGAUUCUCUCUUCAAGAAAAGCUUGUUUCGGGAUAG